CAUUUCUGAACUGAAGGGACGCCGCCGCUCCGCGUAGACCACUCGCCUUUUUUAUACACUCAUUUAAGUAAAUAAACUAGGUUCUCUGACGUUAAUUAGGACUUAUGCUUAAAGGUAUCGAGUGAAACGGCAGUUAUUUUUCAUCGUGGGGUGCUGUUUGAGUGGUGGCUGGAACUGUAGCUAGCAUUUUAAUCCCCAUUUUAACUUUACUAAGCGGCGUUUUCCGCCGUUUUUUUUCUUUCCGCCGCCCCGCUCACUACCCCCUUGCGCGUGAGUAGGGGCCUGCAACGUUGGUUUGGCCACGAGGAGCGUCGGUACAGUUGGAACGAUGGCGGAGUUCGGUAACGGACUGGCGGAGGAAUCUCUACUAGAUUCAGACCCCGGACAUCCCGAGCUGGAAGACCCGGGAGUCGGUGAUGAAGAACCGGGGUUAGAAGAGGGGGAGGCCUCGAUUGAAGACCCGGAGCUGGAGGCAAUCAAAGCCCGGGUGAGAGAGAUGGAGGAAGAGGCAGAGAAGCUGAAGGAGCUCCAGAACGAGGUGGAGAAACAGAUGAAUCUCAGCCCCCCACCAGUCGGCCCUGUCAUCAUGUCCAUCGAGGAAAAGAUGGAAGCAGAUGGCAGAUCUAUUUACGUCGGAAACGUGGACUAUGGUGCCACGGCAGAAGAGCUCGAGGCUCACUUUCAUGGCUGCGGUUCAGUAAACAGAGUCACCAUCCUAUGUGACAAAUACACAGGGCAUCCCAAAGGGUUUGCCUAUAUUGAGUUUUCAGACAAAGAGUCUGUUAGGACAGCCAUGGCUUUGGACGAGUCCCUUUUUAGAGGAAGGCAGAUAAAGGUGGGCGCUAAGAGAACAAACAGACCCGGCAUCAGCACCACAGACCGCGGCUUUCCACGGGCUCGGUUCCGGUCACGUGGAGGCGGCGGUGGCGGAGGAGGAGGUGGAGGCGGCGGAGGAGGAAGCUUCUCGUCGAGGGCGCGCUAUUACAGUGGAUACACACCACCCAGAGGCAGAGGCCGGGCCUUCAGGGGCCGAGGGCGAACAACAUCGUGGUAUUCCCCUUACUAAACACCCCCCCCC